UUCAGCCCUUGAGAGAGACAGAGAGAGAAACAAAGCAAAGACAGAGAUGGCUGGAGGUGAGGAAACUGCAAACACACUUGAAGCUACACCAACAUGGGCUGUGGCCACUGUUGUCUUUGUUCUGAUAGUGAUCUCCAUAAUAAUCGAGUAUUUGCUUCAUCUCUUACACAAGUAUUUUCAUAGGUUAAAGAGGAAGUCUCUCAUUCAGGCUCUUGAUAAGAUCAAAUCAGAAUUGAUGCUGUUGGGGUUCAUAUCGUUGCUACUAACUGUGGGCCAAAAGCCAAUUGCAAAUAUAUGCAUCCCAAAGAGCGUUGGUGAAUCUUUUCUUCCUUGCAAGAGCUCCACCUUUGGUCAUGCUGUCGAGGAAACCAAAUGCUCUGACCAGGGAAAAGUUUCUUUGAUGUCGAGGGAAGGUGCAUAUGAGCUGCAAUACUUAAUUUUUGUGCUUGCUAUGUUCCACGUUUCAUCUUGCGUCCUCACCUUUGCUCUUGGCAUGGCCAAGAUGAAGAGAUGGGAGUCUUGGGAGGCAGAAACCAGAACACUGGAGUAUCAAUUUUCUUACGAUCCAAGGAGGUUUCAGCUCACAUAUCAAACCUCAUUCGGGAAGCGACAUUUGAAGUGUUGGAGUGACAAUCGAUUACUUCGUUGGCCGGCUUCCUUUGUUAGACAAUUCUUUAAUUCUGUCUCCAAAUCGGAUUACUUCACUCUCAGGCAUGGAUUCAUAAUGGCUCAUUUUGCAGAAGGGAGCCAUUUUAACUUUCAAAAAUAUAUAAGAAGGAAUUUGGAGAAGGAUUUUGGUGUGGUUAUGGGGAUAAGCUGGUGGAUUUGGUUGUUCUCAGUAUUUGUCAUAUUCUUCAAUGCACAUGGUUUUUACAAUUACUUAUGGGUUCCCUUUAUUCCUUUAGUGAUGCUGUUACUGGUUGGAACAAAGCUACAGGGCAUCAUAACUAAGAUGUGCCUUGACAGCCAUGAUAAAUCUCAUGUUGUUAGAGGAACUUUGCUUGUGAAGCCCAGCAAUCACUUCUUCUGGUUUAACUGGCCUCAAUUGCUUCUCCAUCUUCUGCACUUCAUACUGUUUCAGAAUUCCUUUCAGCUGGCAUUCUUCACAUGGACUUGGUACAAGUUUGGCUUAAGAUCAUGCUUCCACCAUGAAACGGAGGAUAUUGUGAUAAGGCUGGGCAUGGGUGUAAUUGUGCAAAUCCUCUGUGGCUAUGUCACUCUGCCUCUCUAUGCUUUGGUCACACAGAUGGGCACAUCAAUGAGAAAAGCAGUUUUCACUGCAAACGUGGUUAAAGGGCUGAAAAAAUGGAGAGCCAAGGCUAGGAAGAACCUGGCUCUUAGGAACCACCCUCACUCAGCACAACUCUCGUUGGACGCUUCUCUUGAAACUUCACUGUCACUAGGCACUUCACCUUCUUUCAGUGGUCAUGAUGCGUCAUUCUCAACUGUGGAUUUUGAUCGUCCGUCUGACGAUGCUGAAUAUGUAGCACUUGAAAUAAGGGAGGCCCAAAAGGCACAAGGAGAAACAAGCACUUGAGUUUGAGUUCCAUCUUUGGCCAUGAUUGGGGUGCACAGUUAUUAAAGUUGCUCUUCAUCUUGCCUAUAAUGUUCAUAGAUUGACGAGUAUGAUUUGUUUUUAUGAUUCUCUUGAUAUUGUUUAGAGUAUCUCAUCGCACAUAUAGGAAGUGAACUUUCAACAGAACAUUUGAACAAAUGUAUUAAAUUUUUUUGAUCGAUUAAUUUCGUACAAGCAACACAUGUAGUUGCAUGAGUGGCAAAUUGAAGAGACUACAUGUGUUACUUACAUUACAAGGACGACAAGGUCUAAGCUUAGCUUAAUUAACUAGGAUUACAUUAUAUAUACUCACAUCAAACUCAGAUUGUGGCCAGCCAUUCCCGCUUAUGUAUACAAAAUUACAAUGAAUUACCUUCUAGACCGUUUACUGGGCCGCCUAGAAGAAGAAGCGGCAGUCGCAACCGCUUCCUUUCGUCCAUUUUCCCUUGGCCUCUUUGAUGAAACUGGUGUAUGUUGCUGCACUUUCGCUGUGUGAGGAAUUAAACGAUUAGGGCUGAAUCUUUGUCGCCAACCCCUACUAGUAAUUAUCGGCGUCGGCCACCAUGGGAGCACAAAAGGAAAGGCUGGGAAGACAGAUAACCCAGCACAACGGAGCAGGAGAGUUGUGAAUGGAGUGGUCCAAGUGGUCUCUUUUAAUGUUUUUGCACGGAUGUUGUACAUGACAAUGCGACCAAACAAAUGUAGAAACAAGACAUCCUUACUAUUUGGAUCGAAAGCUAGCACCAUAACCGUUUUUGUAGACGACUCACGGUCCCACUUAGUGAGGAGUGGAUUUUCCGGGACUAAUUGGAACAGGCGAACUUUGUCUACCAAACACCAUUUUCCAGGCCCGUCGACUUGACCAUCAACAUAACCACGACCAUCGUCUUUGAACUCCCAAACACUCAUACCACUAAGAUCACAGUAAUGAGGCAACAUGCACAUCCUCAGACACCCUCCUCCACACUCACCUAGGAAAUGCAUUGUUCGAGAUU